GGCAUCAGGAUAACUGUAUGCUCAUGUCAAAAUCUACUUCAGCCAUUAGGUUUGUCCCUGACUCCUGGGUGAGUGGGCGUUGUCUGUGUGGUAAGAGACAUGGGCAUGAAGCAUCAGGAAAUGCGUCAUAUUGUCAUCACUGUAAUAUUACAGGAAUUGCAGCCAUUCCUUACUUCUACCUAUGGCUAGAACCUUUAUAAAGUGAACAACUAUGUCUCUCCAUCCAGUCUCAGCGUGCUACAAAGCCCGUCAGUCAUGAGGAUCCAUUUCCUUCUCUUCGCAUUGCUCUUUCUGUUCUUGAUGCCUGUUCCAGGAAAUGGAGGAAUAAUAAAUAUGUUACAAAAAUCUUAUUGCAAAAUAAGAAAGGGCCGGUGUGCUUUGCUUGGCUGCCUUCCAAAGGAGGAACAGAUAGGCAGCUGUUCUGUGAGUGGCCGAAAAUGCUGCCGGAAAAAGAAAUGAAAAAUCCAGAAACAAGAUGACAAUGUUGGAAAUUGCAAAAAUGCCUCCUUGAAGUUUAUAGAAGCAAAAACAAAUUAA